AUGGCCUUCUUCGGCCUCGGCUCCUUAGCCUACUUCAUCCUCCUCCUCAUCAACGCCGUCGCCAUCCUCCACAAAGAACGCUUCCUAGCCCCUCUAGGUCUCACGACCUCUUCCUCGAACGCACAACAAGUCGCUUUCCAGUCGGGAUCGAACCCCGUUAGUCCGACCUAUCAGACAGGGUUCGAGACGUACGGUGGGUCGAUUGGGGAUGGAGCGACGGGCGGGGCGGGCGAUGGUAUGAGUGUCAAGUCGAGGGCGAUCAUGUUGGUCGAUGCGAUCAGGACAUUGAUGAGGAGUCAGUUCAGUGGGCUUCCCUUUGAUGAUCGAUCUAGCGCGACCAGAGCUGAUCAGAUCGCUGGGGUUCGCCUUGCAGUCCCUCUGAUCCCGAUCAACAUCGUCGUCAUCAUUUACGAACUCGUAUUCGGCUCGGGAUUUUGA